AUUCCCUCUUUUGUGCGGUGGACAAUGAAAGCCAGGGGUACAGGGCUUAAAAAGGAUACGCACACUGUCACAGCCAGCAACCCUGGAGAGACACCCGCCAACCAAGAGUUGCUGAAUGUAUAGGAGGAAAGUGCUUCCCCUGGCUUCUCCACGAUGCUGUAUACUUUAGCGGGAGGGGGCACGCUUUGCGGUGUGGCUGCCCUUGUGCUUCUCAUUGUGUCUACGGCAACAGACUUCUGGAUGCAGUAUCGAUACUCGGGUAGCUCAGCCAAUCAGGGGCUUUGGAGGUUCUGCAUUAACCACAAGUGCCAUGCCCACACCAUAACUGUAGCCUUCUGGGAUGCCACACGGGCAUUCAUGUUGCUGGCGGUGCUGAGCUGCUUCGCCGGCGUGGUGCUCGGCCUGAGCGCCUUCACUAACGGCACCAAGAACAGGAGGGUCCGUACAGGCGGCAUCGCCCUGGUCCUGUCAGGUUUCCUUGCUCUGCUUGCUUUGGCGAUUUACACUGGAGUGACUGUCACUUUCUUUGGCAAACGCUUCUUGGACUGGCGCUUUUCCUGGUCCUACAUCAUCGGCUGGGUGGCCAUCAUUUUGGCAUUUGCAGCAGGUGUGUUCCAGCUCUGUGCUUACCAGCGGACCACUGCAGAACCUGCUCCUUCAAAUAACCAGGACAGCUAAACAAGAGGAGCUCGCUGAUAAGGACCGUUCCAAUGGAUGUCACUGCUGCGUUUGAGUACCUAGAAUGGAAUAAAUAGAAAUCAUUGACUCCUGUGUGGUUUCACUGCAACU